UCUCUCUCUGCUUGUUUUACAUGCGCCCUCAUCCCCCGACUCAUCUGCCCUCUCUCUCUCUUCAUUUGUUUUUUUCUUUUGGGUUUUGAAAUCUCUCUCAUAUUCAUUUAUGAGAUAUCAUUUCCCACAAUCCAUUUCCUUUUUCCUUUUAAUUAUUGGGUUUUAACUAUUUUAAUAUUAUUUAAUAUUGAAAGAUGGUAACCAGUUUUGCUUUUCUCUCCUUAAUUCUUCGCCGGCUAGGAAUUCUUCCUUCUCGCACCCCACUCCUUCAUUCUCAUUCUCGUUCUGGCAGCUGCCAUGGAAAAAAAAUCUAGGGUUUCCUACAUCAUCUUCCCCAUUUGUUCCUCCUUUCUUUGGUGUCCUUCUUUCUCUCUGUAAUUUUAAUGACCUACCUAUUUAAACAAAACGCUUAAUCUACUUGUGGCUUUCUCUGUUUGAUCUUUGGAUUAAUUUUUACCAGUUUAAUUUUGAUCCUUGCCUUGCUGUUAGACGAGAAGAUCUCUUGAGGAAUCAAAAAGUUUGUAGAUUUUUUUAUUUUUGUCAAAACCCAUCUCGGUUGUUGCUUAUUUUCUUUCUUCUACAAUGGGUUUUUGGGGAUCUGCCUCUUGGAGGUAGUAUUUCGAAGUUCUGUGAUGUUCUCUCUUCUGGGUUUCUAGGGUUUUGAGAGAAUUAGGGUUUGGUCAUUCGAUCGUGGAGACAUGGAGGAGGUUGAAGAAACUAAUAAAGCUGCUGUAGAGACAUGUCAUAGGUUUCUUAGCCUUCUAUCUCAAUCCCAUGAUCAAGUUCAGUACAGAAAAUUAAUGGUGGAAGCUGAGGAGGCUGUGUUCAAGUUCAAGAGAGUUGUGUCACUCCUUGGUAAUGGUUUGGGUCAUGCAAGAGUCAGAAAACUCAAAAAAUUUCAAUCCCAUAUACCCCAAAGCGUCUUCCUUGACAACCCAGUUUCUAAAGUUGACGCUUCAUCCAACUCUCUUCAACUCAUCCAAGCUACUAAUUUUCUCGACAACCCAAUCAAGGGGAUCGAAACAGCUAAGAAUUCGAAGAUGCAAUUUACCCAGAAAAUGCUUCUUGAGAACCCAGCACUGGAAAUAGCUUCGGCUUCCAAGAAUCCUCUCCAACUUGCUCAGCAAACUCCAUCUACUCAGUAUCAAAUCUUCCAACAUCAGCAGCAACAGAUGAAAUUCCAAGCCGAUAUGAUGUACCGCAGGAGCAACAGCAGCAUAAACCUCAAGUUUGAUAACUCUAGUUGCACGCCAACCAUGUCAUCCACUCGAUCUUUCAUCUCAUCUCUGAGCAUGGAUGGCAGUGUAGAUGGAAAUUCCUUCCAUUUAAUCGGUGCACCUGAGUCAUCCGACCGGAACUCUCAACAGUCUUCCAAGAAGAGGUGCUCUGGCAGGGGAGAAGACGGGAGUAUCAAAUGUGGAAGCAGUGGUAGAUGCCAUUGCUCCAAGAGGAGGAAACUUAGGGUGAAGAGAACCAUCAAGGUGCCUGCUAUCAGUAACAAGCUGGCAGAUAUCCCUCCUGAUGAGUAUUCUUGGAGGAAAUAUGGACAGAAGCCAAUCAAGGGUUCCCCACAUCCUAGGGGAUACUAUAAAUGUAGUAGCAUGAGAGGUUGUCCUGCAAGGAAGCAUGUUGAGAGGUGCCUAGAAGACCCUUCAAUGCUUACUGUUACUUAUGAAGGUGAGCAUAACCACUCCAGAUUGGUAUCCCAAUCUGCUCAAACAUAACACUUCAUAGUAAGCUUUGCAAAGAUCAGUUUAAAGCCCCACUGCUCGUGUUUAUCCACAUCAAUUGGUUGCGAGCCGCUUCUGUACAUAAUGUGUAUGGUUCAAGCGUGAGAUAUACAGAUGAUGGGGCAAUAUGUUGGCAAGGGGAGGAGGCUCUCCAAGUCUUUAGACCUUCUUAGGGCAGGCAGGUAUAUUAAACCGCAGAACUAUACAACACCUCUACAAUGAAAAGGGGGUUGGAAAUUGUAAGAAUGUAGUUCUUCUGUGGGGACCAAAGAUCUGUUUCUCAAUGUAGGGUUUUCUGAAUUAAUGCCAGUCCCUUUAGCAUGCAGUUCAUUUUUGCACAUUUUAAUGUUCUAUGCUAGAAUUGGAUCUAGUUUCCCAAUAAAUUUCUUCUUUUUAGCA